UCUCAUCAUUGUGCUAGCCUGCUAUACUCAUUUCAUUUCUUCCUCAACAAAUGCUCUGAUCUGAGUUUCAGAAACACUUUAUAAUUUCAACAACUCAGACCUUCAAUCUCUCAUCUGAUAUUACCCAAACCCAAAUACCCAAUUCACAAACUCCAUCUCGACCUGAGCUUAGCUUCUUCGUUCAAGGGCCUCUAGAGAAGUUCAAUGGCUUUUGAUGCUGUAACCACUCUAAUCCAAGUAGUAGAGGCUGCCAAGCAAGACAUUAUGACGCCCAAAAUACUUUCAACAUUGUAUGGUGGAAGAUCAAUGAUGGUACCACUGCUUGAAACGAUUGAGUUGCUGUCUUACAAUCUCCAUUUUCUGCAAGUCUUUAUGAGAAGUAAGACGGAAAAAAAAAAUUGGGACACCGGGGAUUCGAGUCUGUAUAAGUAUGUCGAAAUUGAAGUUGCUCGAAUAUAUGAAAAGUAUAAAAUAAAAUCUAAACCGAGACUAAUAUAUGUGGGAGAUUACUGGCCAACGAAAGCUGAAGAUACUCAUAAUCUCUUGAAAAGUAUAGUAAGAGAUAUUGAGUUUGUUAAAGACCGGAUCCUGAAGGAAGAAAGAAGAGCUGCUGCUUUAGAGGCUGAGGAACAGAACAUCACAAUUUGGGAUACCUACCGAAAUGCUUUAAAGACUGAGAAUGAAGUGAUUGUAGGAUUGGACAGUGAUAUAGAGAGGAUAGUUAACCGGCUCUGCUAUUCAUACUUCGGGGGACCAGUUUUAACCAUUUUGAAGAAUAGUAACAUUGACAAAUUUCGGAAAUAUGUGCUGAAACUACAAGUUAUGGCACUCGUUGGGGAAGGGGGCAUUGGAAAAACUACAUUAGCCAAAAGAGUCUAUGGACAUCCAACUACUAAUGCUAGCUUUCACAUUCGAGCAUCCGUAGUUGUGUCUAAAGUUCAUAACCUCAAAGAGAUACUCAUUGGUCUAUUACGUUGUAUUUCACCAAUCACUAGUGAAAUCUACAACAUAGAUGAGGCUCAGAUAGCUGAGCAAUUAAGCAUAAGUUUGAUGGACCAGAAGUAUUUAAUUUUCUUAGAUGACAUAUGGACCACUGCUGCAUGGGAUGCCAUCCAAGGAUAUUUUCCGGAGAAUUUUAAUGGAAGCCGAAUCUUAGUAACUACUCGGUCAAAAGAGGUGUCUGAAUACUUAAGUACAAAUCCCUACCAAGUGAAGUAUCAAACUUUGUUGGAUCGUUGGGAAUUAUUUUCAAGGAAAGUGUUUAGGCAAAGCCGAUAUGUUCCCAGUGAAUAUGAGAAAAUUGGGAAACACAUUGUUUGGCGUUGUGGUGGACUACCCUUAGAAGUUGUUUUAAUUUCUGGAAUUUUGGCGAUAGCAAAAGGGUCCCCACAAAUAUGGAGAGAUGUUGCCCGAACUUUGGAUAGAGUUGAUAGAUAUGAUAAUAACAAAAGAAUUUCAAAAAUAGUUUCAUUAAGCUUCAAGUAUUUACCUAAUCAUUUGAAGGAUUGCUUUCAGUAUUUUGGUGUGUUUCCCGAAGACAGUGACAUUCCUAUUAAGAAAUUAAUCAACUUAUGGGUUGCAGAGGGAUUUAUAAAGCCACAUAAGAGUUUGGAAAAAGUAGUGGGAGAGAGUUACUUGCAUGAUCUCAUUAAUAGAAGUCUUGUUCAAAUUAAUGAGCUAAGUAUUGACGGCAAAGUUAAAUCAUGUAACAUUCAUGAUCGAGUGCACGAGGUUUGUGUGAGAAAAGCAAUUGAUGGGAAUACAUUGUGCAUUAUCAAUGACAACCAUGCUCCAAAGUCUAGUCAUUGGUUAAGCUGUCAAACAAGUCAUUGGCCAAUCACUCGAGCGAGUUAUUGGAAUUGCGGUCCUGAUGAAAUCCAUUCUGUUCUCUGCUUUGGUAAAGAUGUAUACCAUUCAAAAUGCAGGUUGGUAUACCCAUGUUUGGAAUUGCUAAGAGUAUUGGAUUUAUCAUUAGUUAAAUGCUCGCGAGGCAUGCCUAGUGAAAUAACAGACUUGGUUCAUUUGAGAUACUUGGCUUUAAGUACAAUUGGUUCUCUUUACAAGCUUCAAUUUUUAAAGCUUAAAAAUUUGCAAACUCUCCUAGUUACUUCGUGGAUCAAAAAAUAUCCUUUGCAACUUCCAUGUGAUAUUUUGGGUUUGCGACAAUUGAGGCAUUUGCAUGUUGACCAGAGAUGUUCACAAUAUCUCCCUUCCUUAGUCAAAAAAAAUUUGCAAACUCUUUAUUGGUUGAAAGUUGCUAGCUCCGACAAAAAACCAAACUUCAGAAUGGUUCCAAAUCUAAAGGAACUUGGGAUUUACAUUGAAGGCCAACUGGCGCCUAGCUAUCUAGGGAGCCUUGUGUAUUUAAAUCUACUUGAGACGUUGAAGUUUGAAGUAGGAAGAGUUGAGCGCUUUUAUCUACCAACAGAUUUUCCACCAAACCUUAAGAAGCUGACACUUCGGUAUACUUAUCUUUCAUGGAAGGAUAUGGACACAAUUGGCAAGUUGCCGCACCUUGAGGUGCUUAAACUUAAAGAUUUCGCCUGCUGCGGUUCAAAGUGGGAACCAUCGGAGCCGGGCUUUCGGGAAUUAAAGACACUUCUUAUUUCACGUUCAGAUCUCAAACAUUGGAAUGCAAGUUCUAAUAAUUUCCCAAUUUUGGAGCGCCUAGUCUUAAGAUAUUGUUGGGAAUUGAAACAAGUUCCACUGAAGUUUGCAAAAAUUGGAACGCUGGAGUUAAUUGUGUUAGAAUGUUGUUAUUCUUCUCUUGUGACUUCUGCAAAGCAGAUUUCUUCUGCAAACAAGUUAUUGUUUCUAGGAAAGACAGAUUGUCCACUUCGUGUUUGUAAAGUUGGAAUUAAGGUUGAAUUGCCAAAUAAUAAAAGCUUUGAAGAAGAAAGUGUGGAAAGCUCUAAGAAGAAAGUGUGGAAAGCUCUAAAGAAGAAUGUGUGGGAAGCUCUAAGGUUGAAUUACCAUAUAAUGAAAGCUUUGAAGAAGAAUGUGAUGAAAGUUCCGAAGAAGAAUGUGUUGGAAUCUAAGGUUGAAUUGCCAAAUAAUGAAAACUCUGAAGAAUUAAGGUGGUGUUUGGUUGGAGACGUUUACACCCUACUACGGGUUUUGACACUCAUUACCAUGAUUGUUGGUCUACUUUUGUUAAUUUUGGGCUUAAUAUGAAGUUAUGAAAGCCAAGGUAUGUAUAUACCUAUGAAACACUUGUACUUAAACUCCAAAUGCCAAUUAGUUUCUACUUGUAUUUAAAGAGUUCAUUCCAAGUUUAUGAGAAAGGUCAUGAUCAUUUCUGAAUGACACCAUGGCUAAGUUGUAACAAUCCACUGUUCAAUUCAGUAUAUUUUUUUUUUACAACAUAUUGAAAUGUUUUAGAACAUAA